AUGGACAAUCGGUUGCGACUUACAACCACAAUAGAGGGUAUUAGGUAUCUAGCAAAUCAAGGAUUGGCUUUUCGAGGCCAUGAUGAAUCCAUUGGCUCAUCUAACCGAGGCAAUUUCGUUGAAAUCAUAAAGUGUUUUGCAAGAAUGAAUAUGGAAGUUGAGAAAGUUGUCCUAGAUAAGGCUCCUCAAAAUGCUCAGUAUAUUUCUAAUGACAUACAAAAACAAAUCUUGCAUAUUUUUGCUACCAAGGUGAGGAAGACAAUUUGUAGAGAACUUGGGAAGAACAAAUUUUGUAUUCUUGUUGAUGAAUCGCUUGAUGAAUCAGGUAAAGAACAAAUGGCUAUUAUUCUAAGAUUUGUUGAUGAUCAAGGACUUAUUCGUGAGCGUUUUUUUGACAUUGUGAGUGUUGCAGACACUAAUGCCUUGACUCUUAAAAAAGAAAUAUGCAAAGUGCUUGGUAAUAACGACAUUCUAGUGGAAAACAUGCGUGGUCAAGGAUAUGAUGGUGCUAGUAAUAUGCGUGGUUCAUGGAAUGGAUUACAGGCAUUGUUUCUUGCAGAUUGUCCAUAUGCAUAUUAUGUGCAUUGUUUUGCUCAUCGCUUGCAAUUAGCAUUAAAUGGCUUAGCCAAAGAUGUGAAAGUUGUAUGGAGAUUUUUUUUAAUGCUGACUAACAUUGUGAAUUUUGUUAGUGCUUCUGCUAAGCGUCGUAAUGAGUUAAACUUAAUUCGAAAAAAUGAACUCAAGGAGUUGUUGGAUUCUGGGGAACUUGAAACAGGUAAAGGACUUAAUCAAGCUCGUACUUUGAAACGAGCUGGAGCAACUCGUUGGGGAUCUCAUUUUGCCUCUAUUACAAGUUUGAUGAGUCUAUUUAAAGAGACUAAAUUACUUCUUUUGGAAAUCAGUGAUCAUGGACCUAACCAACAGUUUCGUGGUGAUGCAGAGAGUAACUAUAUUGCUAUGAUGUCUUUUGAGUUUGUGUUUUCAUUGACGAAAACUCAAGACAUUGUAAGUGCUUUAAAUUUUGUUGAGAACACAAAAAUGCAACUUCAAGAUAUGAGGGAAUAUGGUUGGGAUGAUUUAUUCAUGAGUGUGGUAUCAUUUUGUGAGCUACAUGGUGUUGAUGUUCCUGAUAUGGGUGGUCGUUAUAUGAUGGGUACACAUCGUUCUUGCCAACAAAAAGAUUUUAUUACAAUUGAGCAUGCCUAUCGCAUUGAUGUAUUUAAUGGUGUUAUAGAUUGCAUGAUGAGGGAGUUAAAUGAUAGAUUUCCAGAGCAAACAGUUGAACUUCUUACCCUUAGCUCAGCAUUGGAUCCACGUAAUUCUUUCAUGUCAUUCAAUAUUGAGCAUAUAUGUAAACUUGCCAAGAAAUUCUAUCCUGCUGAUUUCCUUCCUCAGGAGUUGAAAGCUUUAGAAGUACAGCUCAAGUUGAUUCGGUUGGUGUUGACUCUUCCUGUUUCUACAGCAACAACGGAACGAGCUUUCUCAUGUAUGAGAAUUAUCAAGAAUCGACUUAGAAGCACCAUAUGUGAUGAAUUUCUUGCUGAUUGUAUGAUCCUCCACAUUGAAAGAGAGUUUGCCAAUACUAUUGACAAUGCAUCCAUAAUUGAGGAAUUUAAGAGUUCUAAGCCUCGUAGGGUUAAAUUUUAG